CGCAGCAAGUCUUAACCUCGCUAAAGCUGAUUGUACUGGGACUAAUAACAAUUGUAAUGACGAGGUCAGAGGAAAAAAUGAAGAUAAUAUUGUUAGCACUGCUGCUGCAAAACAGGUGGAGCAUAGGGAGAAGCAAGUCCAGGCCAUCAAUCAUUCCACAAAACCUGCCCGCAACGUGCUCGACAAAAUUUCCCAAAGGAAUUCUGAACAUCUGGACAAGCAAAAAGUGGAUUCUAAGGAAGGAAACAAAGCAAAUGACAACACCAUCCGCCACAAACGCCCAUUCAAUGAGUUAUUUGCUAACAACCGGAAGCCAUCCAACGGCCUCAAGCUAAACUACACCAAGCCAACCGGAAACAAAGUCCACUUGGAGAAGGAUGACAUUGAUGAAGUCCAUAAGACUUGGGGAUAUUGCCUAGUGGGCUAUUUCACACAUAGACACCCCGGAAGGGAGGCGCUAAUGACAAUAUGCAACUCUUGGAAAGUCAAGUUCGAAUAUAUCCCCGACGUCAACGGGUGGAUAUUGUUCAAAUUCACUACGAAAGAGGACCGUGAUAGCGUCCUUGAAGGAGGCCCUUACACCAUCUACGGGAGAACCCUAAUGUUGAAAACACUCCCCAAAUUGUUCCGGUUCGGGGAUGAUGACACUAAAAUUGUGCCCGUGUGGGUGCAACUUCCGUACCUACCCCUUGAAUGUUGGAACGCAAAAGCCAUAGGAAAGAUUGCCUCCAUCAUUGGGAAGCCAAUCUCUACCGACAAGCUCACGGAGACCAAAGAUAGAUGCAACUUUGCUCGAAUCCUUGUUGAGCUAGAUGUGUCCGAGGAGCUUCAUCGUGAAAUUGAAAUUGAAACUUAUGAUGGCGAUAGCUUCUUCCAAAAAGUGGUUUACGAAUAUGUUCCCCCAUACUGCCAUCUUUGCAAGCAAAUUGGACACACCUCCAAAAGAUGCCACAUCUACCCGGAGGAAACCAAAGGGAAGAAGCCCAAUGUCCAAGCCGAAAAAACAAAACAAUCCCGAGCAAAAGACAACGCUAAGGCACAAAUGGAGUCAUGCCACCCCGUCACCAAGGAGAAGGAGACAAAGGUACCGGAAGAGGCCAUAGCACCCAAGGUGACUCCGGAAACCUCUAACAAGGCCUCCCCCGCGGAGAAAGAGGCCUUAGAAGAUGCUCCUAACCGGGACAAGGUGACACAGGAAAAGGCCGAAGGCAAAAAGCCCAUUACUGCUCAUUGCAACUGCAUCUAUCACUUAUCCAAAAAUAUCGCAAAAAAAUACAAGAAAAACAUUGAAGCUGUGUUUAUGGCAGCAGCUCACGCCUAUACACCUUUUGAUUUCAAUCGCCACAUGACAACAAUCCAAAAGGCAAACCCCAGUGUUGUCACAUAUUUAGAGAGCGAAGUCGGACUUGAAAGGUGGUCUCGUCUACAUUGCAAGGCAAACCGUUUUUUGACAAUGACCUCAAAUGCCGCUGAGACCAUCAACUCAAACAUGAAGGUGGCACGUGAACUCUCAAUUACACUCCUACUCGAGUGCUUAAGGGGAAUGCAACAAGAAUGGAAUGUUAAAAACAAAGCGGAGGCUGAAAAUACAUUUACAACCCUUGCAAAGCUGGGAAACAAAAUGCUUGAGGAAAACUACAAGGCAUCAAUGAUUUUCAUG